GGCUAAGGCACGAACUGAACAGGAACGUAUCGCCAAGCAGCACGAAGUGCUCCUUCUGGAACUUCGUCUUAAAGCUGAUGAACAAUCCCGUCAAUUGCAAGACUUUGUCUCCGCUAAGGGUCGUCUUAACUCCGAGAAUGCCGAUCUUUCUCGUCAAGUUGAAGAACUUGAGGGUAAAAUUCAGGCAGCCACAAGGCUGAAGCUCCAAUUCUCCAACGAACUCGACCAAACCCGACGUACCGCUGAGGAGGAAGGCCGUGAAAGACAGAAUCUCAACAAUUUGUCGAAGAAUCUUAGUCGUGAACUUGAACAGCUUCGUGAAUCCAUCGAAGAUGAGGUGGCUGGCAAGGCCGAAUCCACCCGCCAGCUGCAGAAGGCCCAAUUGGAAUUGGAUCAAUGGAGAACUAAGUUCGAGACUGAAGGAUUGAUUGGAGCUGAUGAAUUCGAUGAGGUGAAGAAGAGACAAAAUGCCAAGACUAGCGAUCUACAAGAUGCCCUUGAUGCCAGCCAUGCUAGAAUCGUUGCUUUGGAAAAUGCUCGGAAGCUUGGUUAUUAUCAAAAAUUUUGGUUUAGUUUGACUGCUGAAGCCGAUACCAACCGUAUUGAGGCUGAACACCAUGCUCAGAUGGUUGCCUCCUUGGAAAAGAAGCAAAAGGCUUUCGACAAGGUUAUCGACGAAUGGAAGAAGAAGGUCGACGAUCUCUAUGUAGAACUCGAUAAUGCUCAGCGCGACUCGCGCCAACUUUCUGGAGAAGCUCACAAACUCCGCGGACAUCAUGAUGCUCUUGUCGACCAAGUUGAAGGAUUGAAGAGAGAGAAUGGCGCUUUGGCUGCUGAGGUAGGAUGGAAAGUAAACUAA